CGUCCCCAGGACUUCUCAUAGGGGUGGAAGAACCCUGGGCACGAUAUUGACAAGUCAUUGUAUCUCUUCUUCAUGUUUUUUUAUAAAAUUCGUGAAAAUUAAUUUUACCGAACAAGUCAUUUCUAACAAUUUCACAACCUCGUCCCCAGGAAACAUGUCCUAUAAGAGAUUUUAAUCACCUUCAAGAGAGAUGGCUUUGUUUUUUUUAAAGGAAUGACUAAAUUGGCAUUUAAAGACAUUGAGAACAACGUUGUGAACCAUGAUUUAUAAUUGGAUUGUUAUUUGGCUAGUCACCAGUUUUCUUUUUGCGUUACCUGUUCAUCAGUGUUACUCUGUGUCGCGCAUGACAUCUGGAGACAUUGUCAGAGAUUUUGUCUCUAAUUGUAGUGAAAUAAAUGCAAAAAUUACCAAUGCAACAGGAUGCUUGUGCCCAUAUAACGGAACUUUUAUAUCUCAUCAAAAUCUAUCCUCGUGUCAUCCAAACGUGAAUAAACUAGACGCAUUGGGACUUCGCAAUAUAUAUUCAGUUCCACUCGCGAAACUUAUCAACGGCACGUGGCGAUUACCAAACAGACCAAUGAUGUUUCUUCGUAACAACCAGACUGUCAAUAUAAAACGAUGUCCUUCUCUCUUUAUAGACAGUAACAAUUCCAGUUAUGAAUACAUGGUUGAUUACGGGUGGAUGAAGGCAUAUGAAUAUAAUUUUUUUCGGAUAACAACGGAUGCGAUGAACAAUUAUCAUAUAAAGCUACAGGGUGAUUCGAUGUACUGGGGAGGAUUUUUGGUCAGAGUUUGGCUUGAUUGCAGAACAAAUUCCAGUAAAAUAAAAUUCAGUUUUCUUUUGAAGUUCGAAGGAGAAGUAGUGUAUACAAUUCCCUUCACUGGUAUUACAGAAACACCAGUAGUAUACACAACCCCCGUCGUUAAUCGCACAGAAGCACCAGUAGUAUACACAACCCCCGUCACUGAUCAAACAGAAGCACCAGUUGAUACAACGCUUCAACCAGAAACGACUCUGCCGAAACCGCUUCCUAAAACAAAACCUGAACCGCCGACAAAAACGCCUUCGACAACUACGUCACAACAGCAGAGAACCACAGCUAUAGAUGAAUCUGGUGAAACAAAUCAGAAUAACAUUGGAGCCAUAGUCGGUGGAGUUGUUGGUGGGGUUGUCUUUCUAAUUUUACUUGUUGCUAUACUUUGCUGCUUGAACAAAAGACGGGUCGAACGCAAAGAACUUUCUCGACCAUCACCUUGGACCAUUGAAGCAGAUAAUCCGAUAGAAUUUCCGAUGAAUUCGGAUCAUAAAAUUAAACCGAAUGGUGGUAAUGAAGGAAUGCAAUACAUUCAACCAAACGAAUGGGCGUCUUUCAACAACAACUUGGAUAUACCACAGAACCCUCCUCCUGUACCAGAUUCACCACGCCCAUCUCAAUAUCAUUCCUACGAAUAUCCUGUAAAUGAUGCAUAUCUACCGCUUAGCAACGACGAAGGAACAAUGAAAAACUCCGAAGGUGCAUAUGCUGAUCUAAAAUAUGGUGUUGUCCCUUCCAACUACGCAUCAGGCAGUUAUGAGCACCCUAGUUUGAAUCAACAACAGUGUUCCAAAGAUUUAUAUAUGGAAUUUACGCAAAACGGAGCUCAAAGCUCGUACAGUGAAUAAAACACCAAAGCGACAGGGUAAAGUGAUACAUACCAAGUUUUAUCUGAUUCUUAGUCUAUAAAUUUGCGAAUAAUCUUUAUCUCUAUAAAGCUUCGAGUUGCAACGCAGCAAUCUUGAACUGAAAGAAAAAAAUGAACGAAGGGUGGAAAAAGUACCAAGCAUUAACCCUAACCUUUAAGUUAAGCA